AUGCCACGCAAACGUAAAUCCAAUCUAAGCCGUAGUUCUAGCAGAGCUCGAACUGCAAAAGUUGCUAGAAGCCAAGAAUCUGAAGAGCAGACUCAGACGCGUCAGAUGUUAGAUUCUCAGCGUCAUGCGACUCAAAGAGCUUCUGAGACCUAUACGCAGACUCAAGCCCGUAGGACCUUAGAUGCUGAGCGCCACGCAUCUCAAAGGGCCUCUGAGACGUUUACACAGACUCAAGCCCGUCAGGCCCUAGAUGCUGAACGCCACGCAUCUCAAAGAGCCUCUGAGACGUUUACGCAGACUGAGACCCGUCAGGCCCUGGAUGCUGAAUGCCACGCAUCUCAAAGGGCCUCUGAGACCUAUACGCAGACUCAGGCCCGUCAGACCCUGGAUGCUGAACGCCACGCAUCUCAAAGAGCUGCUGAGACAGUGGAACAGACUCAGACACGUCGAGUUUUAGAUGCCGAACGUCACGCGCAAUUGAUUGCGGCAGAGACUGACGAAGAUUCACAAAGACGACGUCUUUUAAAUGCUGAACGGCAGGCAGAAAGAAGACGUACGUUUUCAAUGAGUACGUGGGAGGCAUUUAAUGGUGCCGCUUUUGAGUAUGACCCUUUGAUCGACUAUGUUAAUCACCGAUUGGUUAUCAUUGGGAGAAUGGAUAAAAAAUGCAGAUAUUGUGAAGUACUGAAAUGGAAAGAAGAAACUUCAGGUAUGUGCUGUUCUGGUGGAAAGAUGACGUCAUUUGGUGUAGAUAAGGAGGUCGUAAUGCCUGGAUUUUCACCUACUUUUACCAUCCAAGGACAGGUGUAUCACAGGAUUGGUUCCUUACUUCCCGCAAAUAAUGAACAACCAAAGUCUUUGCAACUUUAUUUCAUGGGCGAUGAAAAAAACGAAGCUGAUCGCAGGUGUCAAAAUAUACAAGGAAUCGAAAGGGAUACUGUUUUAAAAAUCCAGAGAAUGUUGCAUGAACAUAAUCGCCUUAUCAAUACUUUCAAAACAGCACUAGAAAGAAUGCCGGGAGAGGAUUAUAGGUUGGUGAUGCACCCCGAUCGCACACCAAGUGGGGAACAUGAAAGGCGGUAUAAUGCACCGUUAAUAAAUGAAGUCGCAGCCUUGGUUACAGGCGAACAGUUUGCUUUCCGUGAUAUAGUUUUACAGGCCCGAGAUGACACAUUAACCAGGGUGCCUGAUACUCAUAAAUUUUAUGAUGCGUUGCAAUAUCCGAUCAUAUUUAGUAAGGGACAAGAGGGGUACCACUUUCAAGUUCCUCAAAUUAAUCCUGUAACAGGUCUUCCCUUGCAUAACAAAAAGGUUUCAUGCAUGGAUUUUUAUGCCUACAACAUGAUGAUACGAGAAAACAACUUUAACAUUGUACAAAGAUGCAAGCAACUGGCCAAUCAGUUUUACGUUGACAUGUACGUUAAAGUUGAAAGCGAGAGGUUACGGUACAUAUCAUUAAAUCAAACUAAACUAAGAGCAGAGAAUUACAUCCAUCUUCAAGACGCUGUGGCAAAUGACGCUAAUUUAAAUCCAAAUAACUUAGGUCGUAUGGUCAUUUUACCAUCUUCAUUUGUAAAUAGCCCGCGGUACUUACACGAAUAUACUCAGGACGCGUUUGUUUAUGUGCGUACACAUGGUCGCCCUGACUUAUUCGUCACCUUUACUUGCAACCCAGCCUGGCCCGAAAUAGUCAAUCAGUUGAUGCCGGGGCAAAGCGCAAUAGAUAGACAUGAUGUAGUCGCAAGAAUUUUUAGACUAAAAGUUAAAAAACUAAUGGAUGUGAUUAAUAAAGGCCGAGUGUUCAGAGAAGCGCGCUGCUUUAUGUACUCUGUCGAAUGGCAGAAACGUGGACUGCCACAUGUCCAUAUAUUAUUGUGGUUAAAAGAUAAGUUACGACCCGAUCAAAUAGAUAACAUAAUCAGCGCUGAAAUACCGGAUCCUAACAUUGACAAGACUCUCCAUGACAUUAUUGUAAAAAAUAUGAUUCACGGUCCAUGCGGACCCGAAAAUCCACAUCCACAGUGCCACUGCAUGAAAGACGGAAAAUGCACAAAAAAAUUUCCUCGCAAGUUAGUGAAAGAGACCGUUCACAACGACCACGGAUACCCGCAGUAUCGUAGAAGAGCGCCAGCAGACGGAGGUCGAACAGCAACCGUGAAGCUCCGAAAUGGUAGCUACGUUACGGUUGAUAAUAGUUGGGUAGUCCCCUAUUCACCAAUUUUAUCAAAAAUGUUUAACGCCCACAUAAAUGUUGAGGCAUGCAGUUCAGUACGCGCCAUCAAAUAUAUUUGCAAAUAUAUAAACAAGGGUAGUGAUCAAGCUAUUUUCAAUUUUAGAAAUACUGAUCUUGCGAAUCCCGUAGAUGAGGUACAAACUUAUCAGUCUGGUCGGUAUGUCAGCAGCAACGAAGCCGUGUGGCGUCUGUUAGCAUUUCCGUUGCACGAAAGGCAUCCCACCGUGACACAUCUCAGCGUGCAUUUAGAAAAUGGUGAACGCGUUUAUUUUAAUGAACACAAUUUCCACGAACGAAUAACUACUCCGCCAAAAACCACACUCACUGCUUUUUUUGAUCUUUGUAUCAGAGAUGAGUUUGCAAAAACUCUUCUUUAUGUCGAGGUGCCGAGGUAUUAUACUUGGGAUGCAAGUAGGAAAACUUGGAAACGCCGCAUUCAAGGUACUUCAGUUCACGAUUGGCCUGGCGUCAAAUCUGGAGAUGCUUUAGGACGAGUUUAUACAGUUCAUGUUAAUUAUCCUACAUUUCGAGAGGCAUGUGAGGCAAGAGGAUUACUGGAGAAUGACAACCAUUGGGAUGUGACACUGGAAGAAGCUGCUCAAUGUAGAUCAGCAGGCAAGAUGAGAGAGCUAUUUGCUGUAUUAGUAGCGACAUGUGGUCUUUCAAAUCCUCAACAAUUGUGGGAUAAAUACAAAAAUGAUAUGACCGACGAUAUAUUGCACAGAUUACAAGAGCAAAAUCCCAAUGUCACGUACAGUGAUUUAAUCAAUGAGGGUCUGACAAAAAUUGAAGACCAGGUUAAAACAAUUUCUGGAAAGGAUUUAUCAGAUUAUGGAAUGAUCAGACCACAGAGAACCGAGGAAAUCAGUAGCGAUUUAAUACGGGGACUAGAUUACUUACAACAACAAUUGACAGAGUCUGUUCCACGUUUGAUCCCAGAACAAAGGUUAGUAUUUGACAAUGUUUUCAAAAAAAUCGAAGAUGGCGAAGGUGGUUUGUUAUUUUUGGAUGCUCCCGGAGGCACGGGAAAAACCUUUCUUUUAAACUUGCUUUUAGCGCAAAUCCGAAAAGAUAAAGGAAUUGCUGUAGCAGUUGCCUCUUCCGGAAUAGCCGCCACUCUGCUCAAUGGUGGUCGAACGGAACAUUCGGUGCUUAAACUGCCAUUAAACUUAGCCCAUGAAGAAAUGCCAGUCUGUAAUAUAAGUAAAAACAGCGAGCGUGGACGUAUGUUGCAGCAAUGUAAAUUAUUAGUUUGGGAUAAGUGUACUAUGUCCCAUAAAAGAGCAAUUGAAGCUCUAGAUCGGACUUUGAAAGACAUCAAGAGUAAUCCAAAUAUCAUGGGGGGGAUGGUGGUACUUUUAGCGGGCGAUUUUAGACAGACUUUGCCGGUUAUCACUAAAGGCACCCCUGCAGAUGAAAUAAAUGCGUGUUUAAAAGCGUCAACGUUAUGGGUGCACGUAAAAACGUUUAGUCUGUCUACAAAUAUGAGAGUGCAACUACACAAUGAUGUACAAUCUGGACAAUAUGCUGCUGCUCUUCUUAAAAUUGGAGAAGAUCGUAUGGCAAAGGAUGGUAAUGGCAUGAUUACAUUGGAUCGUGAAUUCUGCAAUGUUGUGCAUAAUCCAGAUGAUCUAAAUAACUUCGUCUAUAGCGAACUGCUAACUAAUAUGAGGAAUAGAGACUGGUUAUGUGAAAGAGCAAUUUUAGCGCCGACGAAUGAAAUGGUGGGACAGAUAAACGAGCAAAUUAUGUCACGCGUGGAAGGUGAUAUUGUUGAGUUUCUCUCUGUAGACACUGUAAUGGAUACUGAACAAGUAACAUCAUACCCUGUAGAAUUUCUUAAUUCUUUAGAACUGUCGGGAGUACCUUCACACAAACUGAGGCUGAAAGUAGGCGUUCCUGUCCUUUUAAUGCGGAAUUUAGAUGCACCAAGACUGUGUAAUGGCACACGGUUGCAAGUGACACACCUCGGUCGCAAUAUUGUAAAAGCAAUCAUUAUGACUGGAAUGGCAAAAGGAGAGAACGUUUUAAUCCCCCGUAUACCCAUAAUUCCGACAGAUUUGCCAUUCCAGUUUAAGAGAUUACAGUUUCCGCUGAAAAUCGCAUUCGCUAUGACGAUAAAUAAAGCUCAGGGGCAAACAUUAAAAGUAGCCGGCAUUAAUUUAGAAAAGAGUUGUUUUUCUCACGGACAAUUAUACGUGGCUUGCUCACGUGUUUCAAGUCCACAGAAUCUCCAUGUGUUGGCCAGAGAGGGAAAAACAAAGAACAUAGUUUACAAAAAUGUACUACAGUAA